GAUCCGGGGGGCGGUUUUACGUCGCAGUCGGUGCUGGACGAUACCGAGUGCGAUAUGGCGUGCUACGAGCUGUACAAGCAGCACAGCAACUACUUUUUUACGGUCCUUGCUGAGAUCUCCAACGACUGCACCAUUCUGGUCAAGAAUGAGCGGCCAGCAUACUCGGCGAGCACAAAUGUAGCGGUGCUUGUGCGGUCGUCUGGUGUCGUCGGUGAGCAAUAAGCAGAUGGCAGGCAACACGGAGGCUAUGGCAAAGCUAUUUUUUGCAUUCUGCAACCUGCUGGCGUCGAUUCUGCGCAAUAGCUCGGAGGGCGGCGUGCUUUCGGAGAACGGGUCUGGGGUAUACUCGUCAUCGGUACUGCGAGUGUUUCAGACGCUGUAUUAUAUGCUAAACACAGUCGAAUUUUCGACGAUUGUACAGUUCACCAAGAAGAGCGCCAGCUUGAAUGAGAACGAGGCGAUGGACAUGCUGUCGAAGUGUGUCUCGCAGAUGCUGAACUACCUAGGCACUGAGGACACAUUGGACGUAUCGAGCGGCAUUAUCAAGACUCUGGGUAUGAUUGCCACCGGCCUGAUGGCUACGCCGGGAACAUCGAUGCUGUAUCCGCUGGAGACUGUGGAGGCGCUGGUCAGCGGCAAGCACGGGCAUCUGUCGCCUGAUAUGCGGCGGCUGCUGAGCACGAUCACGAAGCAGUCGGUGUGGGAGCCACGGCCAAUCGAGGCGUCGAGGGCACGGCCGGUUCAGAUCAUCUUUGAUGAUGAGGACAUGCUGGCCGAUCUCAGCAACUUCGAUCUGUCGGAUAUCGAUGACGCGAUGGAGCACGAGCCCAUUCCGGUAGAUCCAGAGCCAAUUUCGGUGCCAGUGCAGCCUGGCAAUCGACGUUACAUCGUCAACACUUAUGCCGAAACCGCAGAAGCCUUCACCGGCUGCUAUGGGCGGGUUUGCAAAGGUUAAGGCCCAGGAUCCUGGGGUGCAGCCGGCGGUCAACAGGCCG